AUCACUUUGGUUGCUGUCACGUCGGAAAUCACACGUUACUGCAGAUCUUCACGUCCAUUGUAAAUUUGGAUUUUGUACUUAAUCUGUUGCUGUCGUAGUUUGUUGAGAAAUCAUAAAACUUCAAGAUGUGUGACGAUGAAGCAUCUGCUCUGGUUGUCGAUAAUGGCUCCGGAAUGUGUAAGGCUGGCUUCGCCGGUGAUGAUGCCCCUCGUGCGGUAUUCCCAUCGAUUGUGGGUCGUCCACGCCAUCAGGGUGUGAUGGUGGGUAUGGGUCAGAAAGACUCGUAUGUCGGUGAUGAGGCGCAGAGCAAACGUGGUAUCCUCACCCUGAAAUACCCCAUCGAGCACGGCAUCAUCACGAACUGGGACGACAUGGAGAAAGUGUGGCAUCACACAUUUUACAAUGAGUUGCGUGUGGCGCCUGAGGAGCACCCAGUUCUGCUGACCGAAGCACCACUUAAUCCCAAAGCAAAUCGCGAGAAGAUGACCCAAAUUAUGUUCGAAACAUUCAACUCACCCGCAAUGUACGUCGCCAUUCAGGCCGUUUUGUCACUUUAUGCCUCUGGCCGUACCACAGGCAUUGUACUGGACUCUGGCGACGGUGUCUCCCACACAGUCCCCAUCUAUGAAGGUUAUGCCUUGCCUCAUGCUAUCUUGCGUCUGGACUUGGCCGGCCGCGAUUUGACCGACUACCUCAUGAAAAUUCUAACUGAACGUGGCUACUCAUUCACCACCACUGCUGAGCGUGAAAUCGUGCGGGACAUCAAGGAGAAGUUAUGUUAUGUCGCAUUGGACUUUGAGCAGGAAAUGGCAACAGCCGCUGCAUCUACCUCAUUGGAGAAGUCUUAUGAGUUGCCUGAUGGUCAGGUGAUUACUAUUGGUAAUGAACGUUUCCGAACACCCGAAGCGCUCUUCCAGCCGUCGUUCUUAGGAAUGGAAUCGUGCGGUAUCCACGAAACUGUCUACCAAUCCAUCAUGAAGUGCGAUGUAGACAUCCGAAAGGAUUUGUACGCCAACAACGUAUUGUCCGGUGGCACCACUAUGUACCCAGGUAUCGCUGACCGCAUGCAAAAGGAAAUUACUGCCUUGGCUCCUUCGACCAUUAAGAUUAAGAUCAUUGCUCCACCUGAGCGCAAAUAUUCCGUUUGGAUUGGUGGCUCUAUUUUGGCCUCUCUGUCCACCUUCCAGCAGAUGUGGAUCUCAAAGCAGGAGUACGACGAAUCCGGUCCCGGUAUCGUGCAUCGCAAGUGCUUCUAAGCUCUGAAUUCAUCUGUUGCCAACCAAAACGUGGUGAUCCGAACUAUCGGCUGAUCAUCAUUGACCUACAUCCCACCGUGUCCGAAGAGCUGCCGAAUUCACCCCAGGGUUGCAGGACCAAUGCGAACAUCACAUAUAUGAUAUAGAAUAUAUACAAUGAAAUAUAAAAAGGAACAUUAAACUCAACCCAUUCGAAAUCUAUCCUUAAGAA